CGCGCGGGCACCUGGGUGCCAGGCGACACUGCAGGAUUGUCCCAGCAUCUGAGGCAUGCUUAGGGCUCCUGCUAAUAAUCACUAGAGGCUGUUCAUUUCUGGGCUCCUCGGCAUUGAUUGAGAAAAGGAAUUUAUAUAGUCUUAAUCUUUUGAGGAUUAACAGCCCCCAUGGGUGUGGCGUUGACCAGGUUGGCACAGUGGACUGCUGCAGGAUAUGAGACUGGAACCCUGGAGAUCACUCCUCUGAAUGAGUCGAUAUUGAAUGAAAUUACUAAGUUUGUGGAAUCUUUUUCUUAUAAGUAUCCCCAAGAGGCAAAAUUUGUUUUUGUAGAACCACUUGAGUGGAAAACAUAUUUGGAACCCUCAGCAUUUGAAUCAGGUUAUGUUGUCAGUGCAACAACAGCUGAAUCAGAAGACACUGGUAAAGAUGGACAGCCCCUGCUGUUUCUCUCUGUACCUUAUAUUAAAGUGAGGAGCUUUGGGCAACUGUCACAGUUGUUAUCCAUUGCCACAGACAGCAAGCUGCAGGAGGCACAGGCCUGUAUUGAAGCAAACAGAGACCCUGUAGUGAAAAUCUUGGGUCCAGAUUAUAAUGAGAUGAAAGAAGACCCCACUAGCAUGACUCUUCUCGAUACGAUCAUCAAAGAUAAAGAGAUGUAUAUGAAAAGGAAAGUUGCCAUCCUGCUAAAGCAGCUGGACCUGCACCUGCUCAACCAUUCCCUAAAGCACAUUUCACUAGAGAUCAGUCUGAAUCCAGGGACUUUUAAGAAAGAUAUUGAGUUGCUCAAACGUUUCUCGGGAAAAGGGGAACAGACAGUGCUGGAGUCAAUCGAAUACACUUCAGAUUAUGAAUUUUCAAAUGGGUGUCGUGCCCCACCAUGGAGACAGAUUCAAGGAGAAAUCUGUUACGUGCUGGUGAAGCCACAUGACAUGGAAACUCUGUGCCUUACCUGCAGCACAGAAGGGGUAUUUUUAAAUGGUGGAAAAACAGAAGAAGAAGGGGAGAUUAACUAUGAGAGAAAAGGUGAAAUUUACAAGGACCUUGUGACAUGUUUAAAGGACAAAUCACCAGUAUUUUCAGAGAAUAUGUCUAAGCAUGAGAUUAGGUUUACUGAGGAGCAACAGAAGGAUAAUCAGAUUUUUGAGAAACCCAAGACAGAAGAUGGGCACUCAUCUGUAGCUGGCUCAGAGAAGAGUAAAAUUGAAAAGAUUAACUUUGGGAAAAGUCAUAUGACCAAGAGAUUGGAGCCAAGCUUAAACUGGAGAGUAACUGUAGAUUACAAAGACCACAAAAGCUCUCUAAAGGAUAGCCAAGAGGAAAAACAAGGAAGAUUGGAAAAGUCAUCAUCGGCGUCUGUGGCCCCAAGCCGUGCACAGUUACAUCGUAAGGGUGGUGAGAAGGUUGAGGAGAUUGUCAGCGAGAGCUCCUCAGAGAGUGAGGAGGAUGAGGAGCCUCCCGACCACCGCCAGGAAGCCAAUGCAGACCUCCCUUCCGAAUACUGGCAGAUUCAGAAGCUGGUGAAAUAUUUAAAGGGGGGGAAUCAGACAGCAACGGUGAUUGCCUUGUGUUCCAUGAGGGAUUUCAACCUAGCUCAAGAGACUUGUCAGCUGGCAAUUAGAGACGUUGGAGGUCUUGAAGUCUUAAUAAAUCUGCUUGAUACAGAUGAAGUCAAAUGCAAGAUUGGUUCAUUAAAAAUCCUGAAGGAAAUCAGUCAUAAUCCUCAAAUCAGACGUAAUAUUGUUGACCUUGGGGGCCUACCAAUUAUGGUUAAUAUACUUGAUUCUCCACACAAGAGUCUUAAGUGUUUGUCAGCUGAGACGAUAGCAAAUGUUGCCAAGUUCAAGAGAGCUCGGCGGGCAGUGAGGCAACACGGAGGCAUUACCAAGCUGGUUGCUCUAUUGGACUGUGGACAGAAUUCAACAGAGCCAACUCAGACAAGCCUGUAUGAAACCAGGGAUGUAGAAGUGGCUCGAUGUGGGGCCUUGGCACUCUGGAGCUGCAGUAAGAGUCACUCGAACAAAGAAGCCAUUCGUAAAGCUGGGGGCAUCCCCUUACUGGCUCGACUACUGAAGACUUCACAUGAAAACAUGCUCAUUCCAGUGGUGGGGACAUUGCAAGAAUGUGCAUCAGAGGAAAACUACCGAGCUGCCAUCAAGGCAGAAAGGAUCAUAGAGAACCUCGUGAAGAACCUGAACAGCGAGAAUGAGCAGCUCCAGGAGCACUGUGCCAUGGCCAUCUACCAGUGUGCUGAAGAUGAGGAGACCCGAGACCUGGUUAGACUGCAUGGAGGACUUAAACCCCUGGCCAGUCUACUCAAUAAUACAGACAAUAAAGAACGAUUAGCUGCUGUUACUGGGGCAAUAUGGAAAUGCUCCAUCAGCAAAGAAAAUGUGAUUAAGUUUCGAGAAUACAAAGCCAUUGAGACACUAGUUGGACUUUUAACUGAUCAGCCUGAAGAAGUGCUCGUGAAUGUGGUUGGGGCCUUGGGAGAAUGCUGUCAAGAAUAUGAAAAUCGGGUCCUAGUCCGGAAGUGUGGUGGCAUCCAACCUCUCGUGAACCUCCUGGUUGGAAUAAACCAAGCACUUCUUGUGAAUGUCACAAAAGCUGUGGGUGCAUGCGCAGUAGAACCAGAAAGUAUGGCGAUAAUUGACCGCUUAGAUGGAGUUCGCUUAUUGUGGUCCCUGCUCAAAAACCCACACCCAGACGUGAAGGCCAGUGCUGCAUGGGCACUUUGUCCCUGCAUUGAAAAUGCAAAGGAUGCCGGAGAAAUGGUUCGUUCCUUUGUUGGUGGUUUGGAACUUGUUGUCAACUUACUGAAGUCAGAUAAUAAAGAGGUCCUGGCCAGUGUCUGUGCUGCUAUCACCAACAUAGCAAAAGACCAGGAGAACUUAGCUGUUAUUACAGACCAUGGAGUAGUUCCUCUAUUGUCCAAACUUGCCAAUACAAAUAAUGACAAGCUGAGGCGUCACCUGGCAGAAGCCAUCUCACGAUGUUGUAUGUGGGGAAGGAACAGAGUGGCCUUCGGAGAGCACAAGGCAGUGGCUCCACUGGUGCGUUAUCUGAAAUCAAAUGACACCAAUGUGCAUCGAGCUACAGCUCAGGCCUUGUACCAGCUCUCAGAAGAUGCUGAUAACUGCAUCACUAUGCAUGAGAAUGGUGCUGUAAAGCUUCUACUGGAUAUGGUUGGUUCCCCAGACCAGGAUCUCCAGGAAGCAGCUGCUGGCUGUAUAUCCAAUAUCCGAAGACUGGCUCUUGCUACAGAAAAGGCUAGAUACAACUGAAAUGUGAACAUACACAAGCUACCAAAUGUUCUGACUAAGGAUAUAACCCUCUCUUGGCCAGGAAGCCAGAGUUGAGAAGCAUUUACAACCAGUUCUUCAAACAUCCUAAAGAAAAAAAAAAUACAUGA